ACUCAGCCGGCACCUCCUUCCUCUCUGAUUGGCCAGGAGUGGAGCCUGCGCCCUGCUUCUCCAGGAGACAUCCAGCGCAGUGGCCCUUUCUCCACUACUCACAAAGAUGACGCUCGCCAUCCUGGCCCUGCGGCUGGUGGUCUGCAUCCUGGCGCUUCCCAUGUUUCUGCUGAACUUUCUGGGCGUGUGGAGCUGGGUGUGCAAAAAGUGGUUUCCCUACUUCCUGAAGAGCUUCACGGUGACGUACAACGAGCAGAUGGCGAGCCAAAAGCGGGAGCUCUUCAGCAACCUGCAGGAGUUCGCCGGCCCCUCGGGGAAGCUGUCGCUCCUGGAGGUGGGCUGUGGCACCGGGGCCAACUUCAAGUUCUAU